GGACAGGCGGCGCGCCUGAGGCGGGCGCGGGCGGGGCCCGGCGCUGCGGGGCCAUGGCGGCCGCGGGCUCCGCUCCGGAGGCGCGUCCCGAAGGGCAGGAGCCCCUGCUGGGGGCCGCGGGGGCCGCGGCGGAUGAGGACGACGAGGAGGAGAGCAGGGAUGUUGUGGAAACACAGGAACAUUAUAAGAGCAGAUGGCGAUCCAUCUGGAUCAUGUACCUGACAAUGUUUCUCAGUAGUGUAGGUUUCUCAAUUGUAAUUAUGUCUGUAUGGCCAUAUCUCCAAAAGAUUGACCCGACAGCGGAUGCGAGUUUCUUGGGCUGGAUUAUAGCUUCAUACAGCAUUGGCCAAAUGGUGGCCUCUCCCCUCUUUGGCCUGUGGUCCAACUACAGGCCCAGGAGAGAACCUCUGCUCAUUUCCACUGCUAUUUCAGUGGCUGCUAAUUGUCUCUAUGCCUACGUCCACGUGCCCCGUUCCCACAACAAGUACUACAUGCUGACUGCCCGUGCUCUCGUGGGCUUUGGAGCAGGAAAUGUGGCUGUGGUUCGAUCGUAUAUUGCGGGUGCCACUUCUCUGACGGAAAGAACCAGUGCCAUGGCCAAUACCAGUGCCUGCCAAGCAGUUGGUUUCAUAUUAGGGCCAGUUUUUCAGACAUGUUUUACACUUAUUGGAGAAGAAGGAGUAACGUGGAAAUUCCUUUGUCUUCAGCUGAAUAUGUACACAACACCAGUUUUAUUUGGAGCUCUCUUAGGAGUUAUUAAUAUCAUUCUCAUUUUUGCCAUAUUCAGGGAGCAUCGAGUGGAUGACACGGGACGGCAGUACAAAAAUAUCAAUUCUGAUGGAGAAGGAAGUGAUGUUCUGGAUCAGAACACAGAAGGAAGUAUUGACCACGUUGCUGUGGUAGCACUCAACAUUCUCUUCUUUGUCAUCUUGUUUGUGUUUGCUGUCUUUGAAACGAUAGCUACUCCACUGACCAUGGAUAUGUAUUCCUGGACCAGGAAAGAAGCUGUUUUUUAUAAUGGAAUAAUCCUUAGCGCCAUUGGCAUUGAAUCAGUUAUUGUUUUCAUGGUGGUUAAAACACUGUCCAAAAAGACUGGUGAGCGUGCCAUACUCCAUGCAGGCUUACUGAUUGUCUUGGUUGGAUUCUUUAUCUUACUGCCCUGGGGGAAGAAACUUCCAAAUAUCCAGUGGCAAGAAAUAAAGAACACCUCCAUUCCCAGAACAGCCCCCAGUGAAAUGUUAGCGCCUUUCUGGAGCUUGCCAGAGCUGCAGCUGCCGUCCAACCACACAGCAGAGCCCGUGGGCUGCCCUGUCACACAGUCCUGGUGCCUCAACACUCCCAUGAUCUACCUGGCCCAGUACAUCAGCUCUGAUGUGCUCAUAGGGCUGGGCUAUCCUGUUUGUAAUGUCAUGUCCUACACUUUAUACUCCAAAGUCCUAGGACCAAAGCCUCAGGGUGUCUACAUGGGAUGGUUGACAGCCUCUGGAAGUGGAGCACGGAUCCUUGGGCCCGUUUUUGUGAGCCAAAUCUACACUCACCUGGGGCCACGCUGGGCAUUCAGCUUGAUCUGUGGAGUAGUUGUAGUCUCUCUCUUACUCUUGGAGAUAGUAUACAAGAGACUAAUUGCAUUUUCUGUCAGAUAUGGGAGGAUGCAGGAGGAGAAUUGUUAAAUACGUAUUUAAAAAAAACCCCAAACGGUAAAACCAAGCAGAAGUAAUACUUAGAUUAUUGCUGCUUUUGAACGAGGAGUACCUAAGCACUGACCUUGCUGGCUGUGUGCUAACAACUGUACACCUGUACUUACACAUUGACAGAACACUUAACUUGGUCAUACCCCAACACCUGGUUACCCCUGCUGCAUUUUGGGGUUUGUGUCCUGCUUUUCUAGCAGCAGAGGAAGGAAUGUGAUGGGUUAGAGCAAUACAAUGGCACAUUUGAAGUGUGUACAGUUUAUAUGAUGUACAUGUGCACUGAGGGCAGCUGUGAAGGUCAUAGGUUAUGUGCAUCCUUUCCAGAAAGAAAUUGAUUCUUGAUUCUGUGAAUCGGGAUUAGUAACUCUUUUGUAACUACAAGAUUAGUUGAGCUGCAUGCACUUUGUAUGGAGACACCACUACCUGAGCAAACCUUCUGAUGCUGGGUUUGUUGGCUUGCAAGCACUGGUUAAUACAGGCCAUGGUUCUGGGACCUGGCACAUCUCCUCCAGGAUUCCAAAUGACAGGUGACACAAGCACAGAGGAAGGUAGGUGCCUCCCACACAGGUAGCUGAUGUGAGAUUUUGGUCUUCAAGUUGACCAAGAGCCAUUGAAAAUCAGUUUCAGUAGCUGUUACUUGAACUCCAGUGACCCAAAGUUGCAAUUUUUCCUCUACUGUUUUGCUGAACGCCUUUUUGUAGCAAGAAGGAUAACCGUGAAAAUGAAAUAUGCACAGCUUUUCUUGACUACAAGAAAAACACUCUAAGCACAAUAGUUUAUACUUUUGUGCUUGGUGAGAGUGAAUGCACUGUGCUGAGCAGUGGUGGUUAAUCAAGUGAAAGGAGAAAACUGGCUCCUGGGCAUUCACUGUUAUCUGCAGAGUUCUAUUUUUUCUGAUAUUAGGGUACAAGAAACAGGAAUUUACACUGUUUUAGUCAUUCAGACUUUAUUUUAAAAAGUGGGACUGUAAUUUUCCUUCAUAAUGGGGCCUAAGCUCAGCUGUACGGGUUUGUUUUGCUGUUUUAAUGCUACUGGGAAAAAAACCUCUGGAGUAAUCCAGUAUGAGAAUUGUGGCUGCUGUCUAACGUCUCUACUAUUUGAAUUUAAUAAAUGUAAUUAUGUAUUCAAACA